AUGGCAGUUCAAGAUAAGGAUUUCCUCCAAUGGCCUAAGCCCAUGAAAGCAGAUGUAAGCCGGAGAGAUCCUGACAAGUACUGCCAAUACCACUGCACCUAUGACCAUAACACCAACAGCUGCUACCAGCUAAUUAGUGAGAUCGAGAGGCUAAUCAAGAAGGGGCAUCUCCAAAACUUUGUGAAGAAACCUAAAGGGGAGAGGCCCCAGCAAAACACCACAGUAGAGAGGCCCCAUAGACAGGGGGCAGGGCCCGUGAAUGACGGCUCCAGCGGAACCGUGAAUAUGAUCAUGGGAGGGACUGGAGGUUGGAUGAGUAGAAGAGGAAGGAAGAGAAGCCGAAGUAGGGAGGGGAGCAGUAACAAAGUCUUGCAAGUGGUAGAGCACUUCCCAGUGACCAUCUCUUUCUCCCCUGAAGAUGCUCAUGGCAUCCAAAUUUCUCAUGAUGAUGCUCUGGUCAUCGAGGCCGUCAUUCACAACUAUCGAGUCCGGAAGAUCCUAGUCGAUGAUGGGAGUAAGGUGAACUUGCUGCUCUAUAGGGUUUUCCAGCAAAUAGGGAUACUAGAGGAGCAACUAGUAAGGGAUCAAGCCCCGAUGAAGAGGAUUCAAGGAACCCCAGUGGCCGUGGAAGGGAAGGUGAAGUGUUAUUGGUGGUGA